AUGCCACCUGAAGAAUUACAUGACAGCGAUUUACUGUCAGUUGCAUCCUCAACUACACCCUCAACGGUUCAACAAUCUUUAGAGAAUGAAAAUAUUCCUGUUCAGUUAGAUGAGCUGAAAAUUGUCGGAGAUAAUACUGAAAACUAUAUUGUGAAUGCAUACUUCCCUGAAGGUGACGAGCGUAAUCUCGCCUAUACAAUUGUGAAAGAAGAACCUGAAAUAAAACCUAGCUUGUGGAACAAGUUUGUGGAUUUUGUUUGGCCUGAUUACAUUCUCAAACAUUUAGAUUAUCCUUCCUUCAAAAUUACAUUUCGUAGCUGGUGCCAAUUGUGGGUAUGCACAGUGUUAACAAUUAUCCCAGCAACAAGUCAUUGGAUGGGCGGUGCUGCAUACUUGAUAAUUGUUUUAGGGUUUAUCACCGUUUCUGGGGGGACCUCUAUCGCCAUGAAUACACUUUCCAGUAUUGCGGGGUUUAUUGGUGUUAUUAUUGCAUUCCUUCAUCAUGUGAUUACAACAAAAAUUAUAAACCACAUCCAUCAUGGUAUCACACCUGAAACACUUACCAAAAACUUGAUAGAUGAAGGUCUUUGUCACUUUGAUUCCGGUUUAGAACAAUGUAUCCAAGAUCAAAUUUUCACUGGUAGAUACAUCACCACUACUGGUUCAGCUGUCACCAUUCUUUCAAUAAUCACAUGCACAUUCAUUGUCGGUAACAUGAGAGAACAUAUGCAUCCAUUGUGGGCAUUGGUCUAUGUCUCUGGUCAGAUUGCAAUUUGUAUAUUUGCCUGUUACGGCCAUUUUCUGCCGUUGUUUGAUCCUUUGGAAAUUGGUUAUGUCGUUAUCAAACCUUUUGCAUUAGGGUUCAUUGCAAAGAUAGUUUCAGCCUUGCUUGUGUAUCCAACCACAUCAAACUGGACCUUCUUCAAUGGUUACACUAAAAUCUUGAAAGGAUUGAAAUCGUCUCUGGAAAAGAAUGCCAAAUUCUUUAAAACCAUGAAACCUUCAGCAUCCAAUUUUGGAAACUAUAAAAUGUUUAAAAAAGAGAUACUCAAGCUUCGUGGGUCUAUGGCACCCUUGGAAAUAGUUGCAUCGACAAUCUGGUUAGAAUACUCGUAUGGGAGAUUUGAUGUUGGUGAUGUGGGAGAGUUUAGAUCCCUUUUAAAGAAUUUAUUUACCUCAUCAUCAACUUAUACUUAUUUUUAUCAAUUGUUGGAAGAACGAACUCAUUUUGUUAGAAACGAAUUUGCUCUUGUAAGAAAGAGGUCUAAUGCUUCUUCUCAAUUUGCCCGAAAACCAGCAUUUGAUAAAACCGACCUUUCCUACACAGAUGUGGCAGAAUACGAGUUGAGACAGAGACUGAAAAUCAUGAAAAGUAGAAUAAUACUUCAAGGGGAAGAAGACAGUAGACUUACAACUAUAGUGAUUGAUGAGAUGGCGACCAGAAUCUCUCAGUAUUUUGCAGGAUUAUUGGAUAAUGCUGAUACCGGCAUUGAAGUUAUAGCUGAGUGGUUGGAAGCCGCCAAUGAUUUCAGAAUAUUCUCCUGGGUUCCUGGUCAAUGGAGCAAACAUGUGUCGUUGCAAGAACAAUUGAAUUCAAAAGUCAAGGUAGUGAAGCUGGAAUUGGAAAUUGAACUAGCCAAGUUUGAUAAUGUGGAAACCCUUAAAAAGAUUAUGAUUGAUACUUCAAAACCCGAGAAAGAAGUUUUAUUUUUGAUUAGUCAGGGUGUUUUUUUCUUGCAGAUUGUCAAACAUCAAUGUGAGAACAUUCUCAAAGUAUUAGACUAUUGUCUUGAACUUGACGAAAGAAGGCCAACACCUAAAUUUAUCACCUAUUUCUCAAAGACAAAGUACUCGGAACCAAAGCAUUUGUCUAAUAAGAUUGAUGUGACAAAUCCUGGACUGGAAAAUAUUGUACGGAAAAGAAAUGCCGAUACUUUGCCUCCGAUCAACUUGUUCCAGUAUAUUGGGUACCUAUUCACUAAAUUGUACAAGUACCUUAUCAGCAACGAAUUCUGGUUUUGGAUAAAAGUGGGUGGAAUCAUCACUAUCGGGGCAAUACCUUAUUUUGUAAGGCCACUUGCAAACUUGUACUACAGAAACAGGAUGAUUUGGUUGGUUAUUGUGAUUGCGGUAUCCAUUAGUGAAAAUACUGGAUCAUCAGUUUAUGUUGUCUUCGCAAGAUUGUGCUACUCUUUCUUUGGUGCUGUGGUGGGUAUGGUUGCUUGGUACAUUUCAUGUGGCAAUGGACAAGGUAAUUAUUAUGGGUACGGGGCAGUUACGGCGGUUCUUUUCAUGUAUUUCAUAUAUUUUCGCCACUUUUCCGUUCACCAAACGCUAUUACCUCAAAUAUUGUACUCGGUCACUGCAGUUUUGGUCUUGGGCACUUCCUGGGUUGACGCAAAAUACAACAAGUUAGCUAAUGUUGAUGUUGGUUAUAAACCAGCGUAUUUGAGAUUCAUAGGUGUUGCCAUUGGGUUAUGUCUUGGUAUGUUGGCCGUGUUGCUUCCAAAACCUAUUUCAUCAAAAGCAAUUGUUCGUAAUGUUUUGGCAAAGACCAUAUCUGAGACUGGUAACAUACAUUGUGAUGUAGCAAAUUUUGCUUUGGCCCGUCUUGAAACCCCUGACUACAAUAUAAAGGGCAGGCAAGAUGCCGUUUUAAGCAACUAUAGUUCUUUGUUAAUGAGAAUGGCAGGGUUGUCAAAGCUCAUGUCAUUGAAGCUUGAAGUUCCGAUAGCAGGAUACUGGCCGGAAAGCAAAUACAAACGAUUGCUGGGUUUGGUAACUGACGUUAUUCAGCUCUACCUUAUGUUGUCGAGUGCUCUUCAAGGGUUGGAUGGCCCUGAGAAAUGGUUGCCGGUGGUUAUAAAGAGAGUUGGAUUCUGUUUUCCAGACUUGCAAGCAGAAGUAUUUGCUACUAUUCAUAUGGCAUCCGAUGCUUUAAGAACAAAGCAAGCUUUACCUAAAAUCACAGAGGCCAAUAUCUCACUUAAGCAUAUGGAAUUGUUAAGACAACAAUGGGGGUUGAGAAGGAUUUCUUUAAGUGAGAGAUUCUACUGUGAUAGUGCCAUCAAUAAUAACAACGAGAACACUCUGAAAGAAUUAGAUCACUACAAACUUUUCAGUAACGAUGGUCAGUUGAAUAUUAUGUCCUUGCUAGUAGCUCACAUGAUUUACAAUCGUUUGGAUGAGAUCAUGAUUUUAGUCAAAGGAUUAGUUGGAGAAAUCUAUGACUUGAAUGAAAGGAUAUUGGUUGACGAAGAUGACUACUUUGAAUUCAAACAAGAUUUGGAAUUCUCUGAUGAUAAAGAAAAUAGUGCAUUCUAA